AUGUCAAUAGCCGGAUUGGAUGUAAGAGAAGAUUUGGGUUCAAUGCAAAAACAAUCAACAUCACCACAUCUAUUACAUUCGGAAUUUGGAACACACAUGGAAAAAUUGUCCAGAUCACAUAAUAAUAAUAAAAAACAAGAUGAAAGAUCAGAUUAUCAAGAAUCCAAUCAAUUAGGACCUUUAUCUUUUUUACCAAGAAAACCCGAGGCAUAG